UCUAAACCAUAUGCACAAAGUGUUCUGAGAAACAGUGCAGGUUUUCCUGUUCUCUUUUUAGAGACGAUAAAAUAAAGGGACUGCGUAAUUUAGAAUUUGGAGACAAACGGAAGGAUUUAGGAAAUAACCUAGUCGCUUCGUGCUAUUAGUAUUGGUUUUGUUUUUUUAGGUAGCAUAACUUGCCUACUCAGUGGAUAUGCAUCGGUCCCAUCUGUAGCACUCUAUGGUGCCCUUAACUGCGCCUCGAGUUUAUGGACCCCCGCUCAAUAAUGACUAUGAGUUCAUUGUCGGACAGUCUGGUUGCUUCUGAUCCCUCCAAAUCGGCAUUUUUGGAGUUCGGACACGGCUAUCCCGGCCACCAGCAGCACUCCCCCGGCUUGUCCCACAACCACUAUCCAGUGCACGGCUUGCAUCCCGUCGGACCCUCGCAGCACGAUAGCCCCUUUUCUUCCAGUGCGUCAUCUUAUGGCCGCCCGCUAGCCUAUCCUUACCACAGCACCGUAAGCGCACACCACCCAAGUGCCUACCUGCCAUACCAGCACAGUAGCCACAACAACGGUCUGGGACACACGAGAAUAGAGGACACAGAGCUUGAGAAGCCGACCACGGUGAUCGAGAAUGGAGAAAUUCGACUGAACGGAAAAGGGAAGAAGAUCCGAAAACCUCGGACCAUCUACUCAAGCUUACAACUGCAGGCGCUCAACCAGAGAUUCCAGCAAACCCAAUACCUUGCGCUACCUGAGCGUGCCGAUUUGGCGGCAAAAUUGGGACUAACUCAAACACAGGUUAAGAUAUGGUUCCAGAACAAACGCUCCAAGUACAAGAAGAUCAUGAAGCAUGGCACGGGCGGACCGGAGGGAGAGCAUCUGCACGCUGGGUCAUCCGGGUCUCCGUGUUCCCCGGGGAUGCCGCCACUUUGGGACGUUUCCAUGGCAAAUAAGGGGACGCCUGCGCACUCCGGUGGAUACAUGAACAAUUUCGGACACUGGUAUCCAAGCCAUCACCAGGAAUCUACGCCGAGAACUCAAAUGAUGUGAUAGGAUAUGGGACAAUGGAAUGGAAUUCUGUACGCUCUCCUCUUGUACAUGAACCGCGUAGCCUAUCCCUUUUAAAUAUAGCUCCAAGCCCCAGCUAUCACAUUAGAGACUUUUCAGUUUUUGAAAUGGCCGUUUAAAGGUCUUUUGUUUGGAUUUCAUCCGAGGUUUUGCCUUACAAUUUAUUGGACAAAUGACUACAUGGAUUUUGCUUGGAGGCCUAUGUGGAUCUGUAUUUUGUAUGCAGUUCAGUUCCAAAUAAAUCCUUAGUGGUCAACUAUGCACUGCAAUAAUAUCUAUUUUUACGAAAUGAGUUUGAGCAUGAAAAUGCCUAAUCCCGUCCCCAUGAGUUACAAAGCAAUCUAAGUUAAAUUCAAACGUUUACAUUUCACCUGAUAAGUAAUAAUUAUAAACUCAUGCCUAACCGAAAUGAUGUCUUUGCAUCAAAUAUUUAAACCACACAUAUUAUAUAUAUAUAUAUAUAUAUAUGUGUGUGUGAUUUAAAUAUUUGAUGCAAAGACAUAUAAUUUCGGUUAGAUAUGAGUUUAUAAUUAUUACUAUUCUUAAUAUUAUUAUUAUUAUUAUUAUUAGUAGUAGUAGUAGGCUAUUAUUAUUAUUAUUAUUAAAGUUAAUAUCAAAAUAUGCCAAAAGUGUAAAAAAAAAAAAGGACUUCUACGGCGCAAUAAUAAAACUAACAUCUCACAUAAGAAAGGGUCAUGUAUUUUACCCUAAAACAUCUGGAAAAGCACUAGAGGGUACUAUUUUAACAUUGACAAUGAUUUUAUAAAAUGGCCAUGUCAAUUAAAGGUAAUUUGGGACGUAGCUUGUUAAAUAAAGCUUUCAUUCCAACAGUAUAAUUACCAGCAAUUUGCAGGCAACAAAAUAUCCCUCUCCAAAACUGAAAGUCCAAAGGAACUAAUAGGAAAAGGACAAGGCGCAUCCAUCGGCUGUUGCGGCCCUACAAGGCAACGGAAUCGUCAUUAACCGAAAUGACUUGCAGGUGUAAGCUAAUUGUAGCCUAUCAGCAGUCCGACACAAAUAGCUGAAAAACGAGAGGCAAAAGACAUGACAGCGCUCGAGUCAAAACCAACGGUGGUGAUUUAAAAAAAGUUUAGGACUAACUAUUGAGCACAGAGGUGGCACCACAGGUCCAGAGUGGUGUGGUGAAAAAAAAACAAUUAUGGGGCCGGUAGUUUUUCUUGCUCUGGUAACCUAACCACCUAAAGUGCAAUGCCUUAUGCGGUAGGACAUGAUUCAUCACUUGUAAAAAAAAAUAAAGUUUAAUAUGGGCAGUGAUGGAAAUGUUUAAUAUGGGCAGUGAUGGAAAUGUUUAAUAUGGGCUGUGAUGGGACCAGAGUUUUUCUAAUCAGGUCACAUGGGUGCUCAUAUCUGAAUUGUAUUUUAAAGGACUAGUGGGGGUCCUAUACACACACACGUACACAGAGAAAGCAACAUGAUUGGACAAUAAAACACAAGGAGCUUUCCUUAUGCUGAUUUGCAUCGUGUAGUCCUACCCUAUGCAACUGUAGGCCUAAUAAAACAUUUACUCACAGUCUGUCAGCUAUUGUGUUUAUUGAUUCAUUCCAGUUAAUAAAAAAAAGCUUAAUUGCCUCGUCAGCCCAAGUUUGAAUUAUAAACCAAAUUUGAUCCAUUCUGAUUUUCUCACAAACAAAUGGGUUAUAAAUAAGCAUACACAACGUUACAGCUUAAUUUACUCAGGCCAGAAGGACAGGGCGCAUGGAAGGCUAGACUUUGCAGCUGCUAGCCUAUAGUUGAUCAGACUGAAAUAUUGUCUCGCUUCCACGCAAUACAUGUAAGGUCGCUAAUGUUUAGGUGUAUUAGGCUGCUACAUUUAUGUAAUAGUCUGUAGGGAGUAUUGUGUUAUUAUGCUUGCUAAAUAAAUACCAGAGGAAAGUGAAGAGCGCGCCUUGAUCUUUGUCCAGCGGGUGCGACGUGUUUAUUUCCGUGAAUCUGAUUUGGUCAAAACAUCAAAGAGCCUGCGGCAGCACUCGGAUGCGAAGGACAGAAAUUGUGCGUAAAUGGACAAAUGUGGCAAAUCGGUCCAAGUAACAGCUCUCUGCCCCUCUUUAUAAAGCUUUCCGUCGAUAUAUUUUAUUAAACUAAAUCAAAAGUGAUGUGAAUUGAAAAGUGCUGUGGAACUUUUUUUCUAUAUCCCGGCCAUUGUCAAUGUGCGGUUGGAUUAUUUUCCACAAGUGGACACUCAGGGCUAAAUAUGCUAACACAAUCAUAUUGUGUUGACCACAAUGUUACCACUACGACCUACCUUGGUCUGAAGGUAGGCUAGGCUUUUGCACAUGCUACCGGAGUUAUCGUUUGCAUCUAUAGUUCCAAGUGGGAAAUUUCACUUGAAGGCAGUAGUGGUGCGUGGGUAAAAUCACUUGGGAAGCCAGGGAGAAAGCCACAUUACAACCUAUGUGUUUUGAUAAUUGCGUUGUUUUCUCUAUAACCUAUCAGUUAAUUCAUAUGCAUUACGACCGUGAAAUAUAGGCCUGAAGGCCGAGACAAUAAGAAGACACAGUGGCAGAAUAAAUUCAACCACACCUUUAUUUCAUCAGAAAACCGGAGAACAACCACUGUCUAAAUACGCGAAGUCCAUAAAGCAUAUUGCAUGUAACGAACAAGUUAUAUGACCUACAGCAUGGUAAAGCAAGUUAAUGUUUCCAACAUUUUCAGACCACUAAACAACUAUUGAUUUAAAAUGAACGAAAAUAUUAACGCAACAUGCAACAUUUUCAAAGAUUUCACUGAGUUACAGUUCAUAUAAGUAAAUCAGUGAAUUUAAAUAUUUUCAUUAGGCCCUAAUCUAUGCAUUUCACUUGACUAGGAAUACAGAUAUACAUCUGUUGGUCACAAAAAAGGUAGGGGCAUGGAUCAGACACAUCUCCUUCGCAUAGAGUUGAUCAGGCUGUUGAUCGUGGCCUGUGCGAAGUUGCUGGAUAUUGAUGGGAACUGAAACACACGGUUGUAUACUUUGAUCUAGAGCAUCCUAAACAUGAUCAAUGGGUGACAUGUCUGGUGUGUAAUGAAGGUCAUGGAAGAACUCUGACAUUUUCAGCUUCCAGGAAUUGUGUACAGAUCCUUGCGACAUGGGGCUGUGCAUUAUCAUGCUGAAACAUGAGGUGAUGGCGGCAGAUGAAUGGCAAGAGCAUUCAAAUUGACAUCGAUAAAAUGCAAUUGUGUUUGUUGUCCUUAGCUUAUACCUGCCCGUACCAUAACCCUACUGCCACCGUGGGGCACUCUGUUCACAACCUUGACAUCAGCAAAACGCUCGCCCACAUGACACCAUACACGUAGUCUGUGGUUGUGAGGCCGGUUGGACAUACUGCCAAAUUCUCUAAAAUGGUAGAGAAAUGAAUGUUCAAUUAUCUGGCAACAGCUCUGGUGGACAUUCCUGCAGUCAGCAUGCCAAUUGUAUGCUCCCUCAAAACUUUAGACAUCUGUGGCAUUGUGUUAUGUGACAAAACUGCACAUUUUAGAGUGACCUUUUAUUUUCCCCAGCACAAGGUGCACCUGUGUAAUAAGUAUGCUGUUUAAUCAGCUUCUUGAUAUGCCACACAUGUCAGGUGCAUGAAUUAUCUUGGGAAAGGAGAAAUGCUCACAAACAGGGAUGUAAACAAAUUUGUGCACAACAUUUUAAAGAAAUAAACUUUUAGUGCUUAUGGAA